GAUCAAGUUCUGACUAAUAUCUGUGACUAUAGUGCAAAUGUCAUCCUCUAAAAUAUACUGUUUUAAAUUGUCCGGUGGCGAUAUCCUCGCUGAAAACAACUCAGUCCUCUGCAUGAAUGUGCGAAUUGAGUGAGAAGGACAAAUUGGCCAUAGACGCUUUAUUUUUUUUCUUCCUGGGUAAAUUUAGCAUUUUAAAGUUCUCUUGUGGUAACAGGAGACAGGGGAAAACAUGUUUUUUAAUGAUCAGAUGUUCUUUCGACUUUUCUUCUUUUUUUUUUUUUCCCACUUCUUUCACUUUUUAGCAUGGUGUAAAAAAAAAAGUCCAUGGUCCAAGCGUUGCCCUUUCAGUAUGGUGCAAGGAUUUAAUUGGCGUGAUUAUUCGGUGACUCUUGCAUCUCUUGCAUCUUGAAGCACAACAAAGCACAAAAGAUUGUAACCGUGGGCGAGGAGCACAGCGCUGCCGGUUAAUGUGAGCCCACGUUAUUCAAAUGCCACGGCCCCGUGGGAAUCUGCGCCUAUCCCUGGGUGGAAUGGCUAGCUUUUGAUUGGACAAGGGCAUUGUUUUGGUGUUCCCAAAACUCCCGACGUUAGACAAGGACCUCGAUUCAUACGUCACAUACAUCAGAACAAGCAUGACCCGCAGACGAUUCUAAGAGCUUGCAGACGUUAAAACAACGCUCUAAUGAAGGUCCUCGGCAGAGAAAGUCAGCCAGCAACGGAGUUUUAUUACAUGGCGGGACAUCAAGGCCUUCGGUCAGACAAGCAAAGGUCACACGGACGGAGAGGUGCGCUUUUAGAGCCGAGCCGUCCUAUCAUGCCUGGCAGCUUGGUCACGGGUCAUCCAAGGUCAGAAUGGAGGGGAAGAAGAAUGACCCAAGAACAGUUCACUCAUAGGAACAAUGUCCAGAGCACCGAGAAACCUCACGUGUACAAAGUGGGCAUCUACGGCUGGCGGAAACGUUGCCUUUACUUCUUCGUCCUCCUCCUCAUGAUCCUUGUCCUGGUCAACCUCGCGCUCACCAUCUGGAUCCUCAAGGUCAUGAACUUCACCAUAGAUGGCAUGGGUCACUUGAGAAUCACGGAGAGAGGUCUGAAACUAGAAGGUAACUCCGAGUUCCUCCAGCCUCUGUAUGCCAAAGAAAUCCAGUCCAGAUCGGGUAGUCCACUUUUCCUGCAAUCAUCAAAAAACAUCUCCGUCAACAUCCUCAACGGGAAAAACCAACUGGUCUCACAGCUAGUUGCAGGUUCUCACGGAGUUCACGCGCGGGGCAGGAUGCUCGAGGUGAAAUCAAGCACGGGAAAGCUGCUUUUCUCGGCCGACGACCACGAGGUGGUGGUGGGAGCCGAGAGAUUACGAGUCCUGGGGGCAGAGGGUGCAGUCUUCAGUAACUCGGUGGAGACGCCACACGUCAGAGCAGAGCCCUUCAAAGAGCUGCGUUUGGAAUCUCCAACACGUUCCCUGUACAUGGAGGCUCCUAAAGGUGUGCAGAUUCAAGCGGAAGCCGGUGACAUCCAAGCCACCUGCAGAAGCGACCUGCGCCUGGAGUCAAAAGACGGAGAGAUCACUCUGGAUGCUAAGAAGAUCAGACUCCUGCGUCUGCCCGAGGGAAAAGCGUCUCCGUCGGCCACCAGACAGACUGUGUUCGAGGUGUGCGUCUGUCCCAACGGGAAACUCUUCUUAUCACAAGCAGGAACAGCGUCCACCUGCCAGAUCAGCAACAACGUCUGCCUCUAGACACUCUAAACACAUACGCCCACAAAGCUACACACACACACACUGUACAAACACUCACUUACACACACACACACACACUCACACACGUCCAUUUUAACCCCACGGACUGCAAAAUCCGUUCCUCUGAAGACCACGACGAAGAUAAGAACUUCAUUGUGUAAAGAGUUACUUCAGCGCCAAAAAGAAGAACAGCAGAAACGUCACUAACGUGCGCCGGCGUUCACGUCACAACGUGCAUCCGUUUUUCAUUCGUCGAGUAAAGGUGAAGUGGAUUAUAUCACGCGGAGAAAGAAACGUGCCGUGUUGUUUUUUUUUUUCUUUCAGUUUCAGGUCACUUCUUUCAUUUUUGCUACUCGUCCUUCUCCGGUUGCAAUAUUGUCCGAAAACAUCAGAUAAACGUUUAGCGAUUUAAAAAAAAAAAAAAAAAAAAAAAAAAAAAAAAAAAAAAAAGUCACACGGGACACUCUUGACCGGUGGAACUGAUCGUUCCCACAAUCCCUCCCCAAGAGAAAUGAAAAAUAAAAAUCUAAACUGUGCUUGCACAGGGACCGACCUGCUGCACGCUCUCUGUUCGAAGAGGAGAACAGUGCCUGUGCCUUAGCUCAAUGCACUCGUGGAAAGAAGAAGCACAUCUCACGGACCUUUACUUUCAAAAACCUGGACUGGAUUUCCAGUUUAUUUCAUUUUUGUUCCCCCUGAAAAAAAAUAUAUAUAUAUAUAUAUAUAUAUUUUUUUUUUUUCUUCAGUACAAGAAAGAAAAAAAAAAGAAUGCAAAGGAUCCAAAUGACAAUGAUGCCAACUAUACAUCAAAUUACUGAGGCUUUGCUUCUUUACAAAAUUAUAUUUCUUUAAAAAAAAAAUGUAUUAUUAUUAUUAUUAUUAAUUGGCAAAUUUUCUGUUCUGUAAAUCCUCCUGAUUGGCAUAACAUUUAAAAAAAAAAAAAAAAGAUUUUUUAAAAAUUAUAUAUUUAAAUAGAGAUAAUUUGGCCUUUGCGUUCUUCAUUAGAUGUGUGUGUGUGUGUGUGUGUGUGUGUGUGUGUGGGAAAAAGAAGGUUCUACCACUAGGGUUUAUGUAUUUUAUUCUAUUCUUGAUCUUUUAUGAUAAACACCAGUAAACAAACCAGGAAGGUGAACCAAAAAAAAAACUAAUAAUAAUAAUAAUUUAAAUAAUAAAUCAAUUAAAACAUUUUUAAAAAGAGGGGCCUGAAUGACUUUCGGUAUCCUACAGCUCAGUUUUGCGGGUUGUUGCAGCUCUAACGCAUACGAUGUGCAGCUUUCUGUUCUGAGGAUCCACUAAAACGUUCAUAAUGUCCGUACAUGUGUUAUGUGUCAUGUGUGUAAGCUCACUGUGUCCCAGAUUCUUUCAUUCUUUUCAUUAUUUUUUUUUUUUACUUCCAGGCCUUGAUUUACUAAGAUCCAAAAUAACAAGAGCUAAUUUAUAAAUUGCCUGUGGAAAUAUUCGGCUUGUUGCAGGUCACCGAGGGAAUUGCAUCAUAUGCAAAUUAGAUGGGAGGAGUCGAUAUGUAAACGUUUGCAUUCGACUAAAACCCGCAACACAGAAUUCCCGUACUCCGACUCGGAAAAGCCGAAGAAAACGCUCCCUCGAGACCCCGAGUUCGGCAAGUGACAUCAAAUCAAAAUGGCCGCUCAUAGACUCAGCAGUAAACACAGCGAGUUAUACUAUACUAUACUAUACUAUACUAUACUAUAUACACGUAUCAGCUUUAGAUCAAUCAAUACACCGACAUGUUCGCCUGUUAAAUCCUUAACACUGACUCUACAGUUUAGUGUUACCUGGCUAACCUAUUCGCUAACAAAAGACAUCAUGUAAGCGUCCAUGUUUUUUUUUUUUGUUUUAAUUUUAUUUGUUUGUUCGGUCGAAUGCAGCAUUUGCGCACAGAUCUCAAAGGAAGAAAAAAAAAAAAAAAAACAUAUAUACACUCCAAACUCAAGCGUAAUGCUGAGACAGAUUGAAAAAACAUACGAUAUUGCUAAUCCUAUACAGCUAUAAACACAUAUUAUCACGAUAUAGUUCAUGUGAAUGAAAAUCUUUUCAAAGGUUCUGUUGAAAUGUUGGUUAGAAUCUUACACGGUAUGCAGGGAUAACGUCAUCGUCAACGUCCCCCCUGCAAUCUGAGGUCGGAUUCGGAGAAAAUGUCCGAUUAUUCUACUAAGGUAUAAUUUAGAUCGACUUUCUUACAUUAUUACGAUUUAGUAAAUGGUAAUAAAAGCAGAAACGGGCUCCUGUAUAUUUAAUACCUGCUCUUCGUGUGACGAUUUCUUGCGUGCGUGUAAUCGCUGUUCCAAAAGCGAUUUUCAUGUUCAGUAAAUUAAAUUUUUUUUUUU